AGUAUAAUGACAAAUUAGUUUUGCUUAAUACGAUUUUAAGAUGAAAUGAUCCCUACUUUGCCACUUGGUGUCGUGGCCCUCCUUUAAACAAAAACCUGGGGUUUUGCCAGUUUUGGGUAAAGGAGAGAUCUUUCUAGUGUGGCAAUGGAGGAACAGAGAAGGGUUUAUUCUGCGUCAUCGAAUUCUCAGACUUCAGGGGAGAAGGACAAUUGUGAGUUAAGAGGAGGACAAGUAACAGAGUAGCAAGUCCUUUUCAGUUCUCUAGUAGUGCUGCAGCGGCAGGGUCAUCGGGUGAGUCAUAUUCGAUGCGGCGAAAGCAACUAAAGUAUAUGAGGAAAGGUGAUGUUUCUCUCAAGGGGAGAAACGAGAUCCCUAGUAAAGAACAACAGCUGGAGCUGGUAGAUAAUGGUACCGCACCAACUCCAAGUGGAUUGCUGACUGGAUUGAAACCGGGAAUCAUUAACCAUGUCCGGACUAAGAGACAGGUCUUCUCAAUUCUUGAAUCUCUGAUUCGAAUUGCUAAUGAUGAUGAUGCUACCAUGGGGGAAACACAUACCAAUUUGAAUGUUAAAGAGUCGAUCAGACAAGAUAGUGCAUUGCCCUUUGAGUUUCCAUUCACCGGGGUGUCUGAUAAUGUCAAUUCCAUUACAAACCUAGAACAAGCCACAUAUCUUGCUGUUGAAGGUCAGUACCUUUCAUCUUGUUUCAGGUCGCCUCGAGUUAACUUUUUUGAUCUUCUGAAUAUGUCUGAAGUAGUGAGUGGUUGA